UAAACCUUCUUUUGACUGUCUUGCAUUACUUGCAAGCUCUUUGCAGCACAGGCUGCGUCUGAUUAUCUAGGAAACUUCCAAAUCUUUUGAGCUUCACUCCGUGAAACAGCAGGACUGCUUGUGAUCUCAUAUUAGAAAUGGUCUGGAGUGAUUCCAGUGAAGCUGACAGAGCUACUCCUGUUUCACAUCAAGAGGAGAAGAUGGUGAUCGAAAGGAAGGUCUGGGGCACGGUCAAGUGGUUCAACGUCCGACAUGGCUAUGGCUUCAUCACGAGGAGCGACAACAAGAGGGACGUGUUUGUACAUCAGUCGGCCAUAAAGAAGAACAACCCCUAUAAGUACCAUCGCAGCGUGGGCGAUGGGGAGAGGGUGGAGUUUGAUGUGGUUCUGGGGGAUAAAGGCCUGGAGGCGGCCAACGUCACUGGUCCCGGUGGCAUUCCCGUGCAAGGCAGCAAAUACGCUGCAGACCGUCGCAAGUGCUCGUUGGGACUAAGGAGGAGUCCGCCUCACAAGAGUUACCACCUUUGUGAGCGCGUGCCAAAGAACGAGGCAGCCACACGUGCACCAGAAGAUGGGAAGCUGCCCUACAGUGGCCAGUCUUAUUUGAUGCACACAGCCUGUGGGUAUCAGCCCCAGUGUUUCAAUUCUGUGAGCGCAGAAGGGGUGCGUGCGGAAGGUCAGCGUGUGCACGCAGAGCAAAGCAAGCCAGUGAAACAGAGCAUAUACCAGGGCUUCAGGCAGCUUCUCAGCUUGGGGCAGCAUUGUCUGAGACAGCCGCGAGAGGAGGGAGGAGAAAAAUGUAACGGAAGCCCCCAGGCAAAUGAGACUGACGACUCAGCAAUAAGUCAACGUUGCUACCGUCCUAACUUCAGUUACCUACGCAGACGCCCACGGAACGUGAAACCACUAGAUGGGAAAGAGACCAAGGAGACCUCUGGACCACCAGCUGAAGACACCAUGGCUCCUGAGACCAUCAGCCAACAACCUAGCACCACCCAGCUAUCAGACAAGAAGGAGUAAGAGAACAUGGAAACCCAGGAAUAAGAACAGAGACCUUCCGCUUGCUGUUUUCCCUGCUGUUGUUUGGAUAACUCACAAUUUACCAUCAUGAGUUUUUCAUCUUUCUUACCUAAACUCCGUCAGUCUCCUUUCAGGACCAACAAAACUGAAAGAGUUUACAAGUUGUUUCCUAUUUAUCCAACCAAGCUCAAGUUUUUAACACCCUUUCUUUUUAAUUUGUGUGAAAUGCUAUAUCUGAUUUUUUCCCCACCCCACCCUACUCCGUAUACACACAUUUGAAAGAUAGCAA